AUUUUGUGCAUAUAUUUUGUGCUACCCGUUUUUGCAGAGCUUCAGAGGUUCCAACAUCGACCAAAACAUAAUGGAUCCCUCAGCUUCCUAGUCAUUGGAGAUUGGGGUAGAAAAGGGCUAUAUAAUCAAUCCCUGGUUGCCACUCAGAUGGGAAAGAUAGGAGACAAACUUGAUAUAGAUUUUGUUGUAUCAACUGGAGACAAUUUCUACAUGAAUGGAAUAAAAGGUGUAAAGGAUCCAAGAUUUGUGGAGUCAUUUUCCAACAUUUACACUGCUAAGAGCCUCCAGAAGCAAUGGUACUCUAUUUUGGGAAACCAUGAUUAUAGAGGUGAUGCACUGGCACAAUUAAGUCCUCUCUUGAGGAAAAUUGACAGUAGAUGGUUUUGCCUGAGAUCAUUCACUCUUAAUGCAGGAGUUGCUGAAAUUUUCUUCAUAGACACAACCCUGUUUAUAGAUGAUUAUUUCAACUAUCCCGAACACACUUAUGAUUGGCGAGGUGUGUCUCCGAGGCAAAUGUACCUCAAAAACCUUCUGAAGGAUUUUGAAGAAGCAUUGAUGAAAUCAACCGCAAGAUGGAAAAUCGUUGUGGGUCACCAUGCAAUAAGAAGUAUUGGGCAUCAUGGUGACAGUCCAGAGCUUAUAAAGCACCUCAUCCCAAUACUCAAGGCCAACGAUGUUGAUAUGUACGUUAAUGGGCAUGACCAUUGCCUUCAACAUAUACGCAGCAUAGACAGCCCACUUCUGUAUUUAACUAGUGGAGCGGGCUCAAAGGCAUGGAGGGGUGACAUUAAAUGCACAAACUCUGAUGUUGUGAGAUUCUUUUAUGAUGGUCAAGGUUUCAUGUCUGUUCAAAUGACUGGAAAUGAUGCAAUAUUUGCUUUCUACAAUGUCUUUGGUGAGAGUAUACACCAUUGGAAACUGUCGAAGUCCUCGAUGCAUUCCUCUGCAUAA